UGUUCGUCUGUUUGUCAGUUCACCUGUCUCGUCUCGCACGCGAAACCAACGUCGCUGCGCUGUGUGCCGCGCCGGUUUUAUAGUUUCAUUGUUGCGUAGACUCUCUCUUGUGUUUUAUUUGUGUUUUACCGUUUCAUCCAGUGUUUUGUGUAAUGUAUCACCGUAGACUGGACGAGUAUCUAGUAGCUUGUGUUGGAUGCAGUGAUCAGUGAUCCGUGCAGUUCAAUAACCUGGACUCAACAUUGUACAGAUGGCGUUUACCAGCACGCUGCUGCCGCUGGCAGUGCCAGCCCCGGCGUGCCAGGUCUACGCCGCCAGCUCCGGCACCUCGGACUCCGGCGGUGACACGUCAGUCAGCUGCCACUCCGGCAGUACCCGGCCUGGCCCGGCGGCACGCACCCUCACACUCUCCCGUCGUCGUCAGGGCAAUCUAGGGUUCAGUCUGCGUGGAGGACGGGAACAUGGCACGGGGUUCUUCGUCUCGGCUGUAGAGCGAGGGUCCGAGGCCUACUUGCAGGGGCUGAUGGUCGGAGAUCAAAUCAUCCGAGUCAACGGUCUACCUGUGGAAGACGCGACACAUCGAGAGGUGCUACAUCUCAUACAGAGUCAGAUUAAUGUCACGCUGAAAGUCAGAUCUGUGGGGAUGAUUCCUAUAAAAGACAGCAGUCAAGAUUCUCUCACCUGGAGGUUGGUAGAGCCAGAACCAGGGGGAGGGGAGGGAGGGGAACCUCCAGAUCCUCUCAGAACCUCUUGUCCCACUGCUCACCUCUUCAUCAAUGUCGCUCCAAAGGCAAAGCUAGGUUGUGGCAUAUGCAAGGGUCCGGAGUGGAAGCCCGGCAUCUUUGUCCAGUUCACCAAAGAGAACAGUCUGGCUAGAGGCGCAGGACUGAGGCCAGGAGACCAGAUUGUUCAAUGUAACAAUGUAGUCUUCACACCAGACACUGCCUUUUCAGAGGCGGUGUCCAUCCUAAGAUGCUCCGGAGUCCUGGAGCUAGUGGUGGUUAAGGGAGCGGGAGUUGACCUGUUCCCGGGGGAGAGUUCGGGAUACAACAGCUCCGCAUCCAGCCUCGCGGGAGACCAGAGUCCGGACACUUGGCCUCACAAGAGACUCUCCGUAGUCCGGGAGGAAUCCCUGUUGGACACUGAGAGUAGAUUGUCAGGAGAGAGAAGUAAAGACUCAGACAGACCUGUUCAUCCUUCGCAGUUCUCUGUCAAGCCACAAACCACAGAUGGUCCUUGUACAGUUAUUCGUGUUGGACCAGACACUGAAAAUGAGAAAACUCCUUGUACAAAGUUAGCAGAGAUCUGCAUGGUUUCGCAGCAAUUAGAAACAAAGACAACGACGGUGCUUGUAGAAGUACAUCAGAGCGGGGAUGAAGAAACCACAAACAACCAGAGUGACAGUAGUCUGUGCCAGUUGACCAACAGUUCAUCUGUCAGUUCCUUCUCUAGCAACGCCAGUGCUGGGGCCAACAGUCUCUGCAGCGCCAUCAGUCAGGAGCUGCAGAGGAGAUCUGAGAAACGCGCUAAAGAGGGUCCCAGUGAUCUAAGGCCACCCAAAGUUGAUCUUCACAAAUGCGGGAUGGACAAAGAAAAGGUUGAACAGCACCAACAGCUGAUGGAAGAGUUUAGAAGAGCUCAUAAGAAGAUGUUCGCUCACACACUUGGCGAGGAAAAUAAGACUGAACCCAACCGGACUUGUGCCCUUUCUUCGAAAGAGGAAAGAGAAUCCUUCAGGGUGAAGAGGCAGCAGAAGGAAGAGCAAUACGCUGUGAACAUGAGUCAGGAGAGAGCUCUCGUAGCUGUGAAGGAGAGAGAUCUCCGGUUAGAGAGAGACAAACAGGAUACGACAGAGACGGAAAGAGAACUCUUGAGAUUGGGAAGGAGACAAUCUAGUUGUGUACCCCCACCUCCCCCUCCUAUGCCCUCAGACGAUCUAGACUCAAAACCCACCAACGGCUUUGUACCUUUAGAAGCUACUCUGCCACCCUUUCCUCCAGAUACACCGACCCCUGACUACGACCAAACCAGUCUGGCGUCCGAGGCGAGUUCCACCAUCAGAAAGCCAAAGACAGUGGCACACAAAGCUGUGAACGGCAGCAAGAACGGCAACGCAGACUUUGUGGAAAUGCAGUCUUUAGAGUCUUUCAAACUGACAAACCCAGAAGUCAGUAAACCCAAGCCUCCACCAAUAUACUUCCCUCCAAACGCUCACAACACCGUGUCGUCUACUUCAAGCAAAUCGUCAGAGGUGAAGCCCACAAUAACUAUCCGAGAGUAUCCAAAGAGCAACGAGAGGAAGAAUCCAGAGAGGUUCCAGUUCUUGGGUCACAAUGGGACCAGCCUGGGCAGUGAUGAGCCAAUCACAGCUCGGCUACAAGACGAACUCACGCAGACUCUCUCCAAAGCCAACCUCAAGUGUGAUACUUCACCUACUAAUGAAUCUGCGCCUCAAAGGCCUUCAGGCAAAAACACAGUAACAAUAUCCAUCAGCGCUCAACCUAACCCUCAAAAGAUGGAAAACGGGACCAAGCAACCUCCGUUCUUCUUGCACAACAAGAACGACUCGACCGGGAAAGAGAAUCAGCGGAGGAUCAGCACAACUGUGAUAAGUCCCUCGUUCACGAAUGGCAAGAACGAAGAAAUCAUUGGCAAGAACUGUGUGAGCUUCAACAUGGGUCAAGGCAGAGAUGGGAAGUCAGUGACUGUAGUGCAGCCUAACGGAAUAUUGAAGAACGGUCUAGCGGCCAACGUCGGCCAGAUACAGACGAAUCCUCCAGUCAAGUCGCCAUGCAAGAGCAUCAAGUUUGCUGGGAUGUAGGUGUCAACUGCCUUCUAUUUGAACAUCUACAGCAGAAGUUCAAGAACCAAAGAAGUGAAUUAUUGGAGGAGUUCUAUUUAAUAGAUUACCAUUGAUAAUCAUUGUAAUGUAUUUGUGUAUUAUUAUGUUUAAUAUUGUAUAAAAUAAAGUAAGCCUUUCCUUU